UAUCAGAGAAGCUUCAACUCCACAAGCAAGCAGCGUCAUCCGCCGACUGUUCUCGUCUUUACUCUCGGCAACAUUUCCCCCCUCAAUUUCUCAGUUCUCAGUUCAUGCUUGGCACAUUGCACCAAUCUUAUAAAUAGCGACCAAAACCAAAAGCAAACCAAAGUUUAUCAAUUCAUAAAAGAUGGGGUCGAUGGCAGAAUUGAAGCUCCCGGUCAUAGACUUCUCGAGCCCGCGGCUCGAACCAGGCACAGCCGAGUGGACCGCCGUGAGGGACGAAGUGAAGCAAGCGCUGGAAACUUACGGCUGCUUCGAAGCCUGGUUCGAGAAGGUGCCUGUUGAACUGCAAAAGUCAAUGCUUGGCUCAGUCCAGGAGCUCUUCGACUUGCCCUUGCAGACCAAGCUCCGAAACGUUUCGAGGAAGCCCUACCAUGGCUAUGUCGGGCAGUACCCGAUGGUCCCGCUCUACGAGAGCAUAGGGAUCGACGACGCCGACAUAUACGAGAAGGUGGAUGGCCUUACCACUACAUUAUGGCCCGAGGGAAAUAUGAAUUUUAGUAAAACCAUACAUUCAUUCACGGAAAAGCUGUCGGAGUUAGAUAAGAUGAGUAGGAGGAUGAUCUUGGAGAGCUUCGGCGUCGAGAAAUACUUGGACGAGCACAUGAACUCGACAAACUACCUCUUUCGUCUCAUGAAGUACGCAGGGCCUCAAACCACCGACCCCAAGCUCGGCCUCGUCCCUCACACGGACCAGAAUACCGUCACCAUCUUGUGCCAGAAUGAAGUCGACGGCCUCCAAGUCCAGACCAAACACGGCGAGUGGAUCAGCACUCGGCCCUCGACAAAUUCUUUCGUCGUCAUGAUAGGAGAGUCGCUUAACGCAUGGUUAAACGGCAGAUUACACACUCCUUAUCACCAAGUCAUGAUGAGUGGGAACAGGGCAAGGUACUCGGCCGGACUUUUCACGGUCCCGAAGGGUGGGUACAUAGUAAAAGCACCCAACGAGUUGGUGGAUGAAGAGCACCCUUUGCUCUUUAAGCCCUUUGAUCAUGUGGAGUUCUUGGACUUCUACUACACUGAAACUGGACAAAGAGCUAAAUCUGCACUCAAAGCUUAUUGUGGUGUUUGAUGUUGACCUCCAUGGUUGUUGAAGACACAAUGACGUACGUAUAUGUAUUUCUGCAAUUUCCUUAAAAGUUUGCAAGAAAGAGUUGCUUUCAAUUCUUUUGGUGGAAUGUCAUGUACUUGCUGUGCUCAAUGAAUCCUUAUUGGGUUGUAUAAUAUUUGAAUGUGGUCAUGGAUCAA